GACACGUGAUCUGUGUAUUGCGAUAGCGUCCAGGAACAAAACAAACCCCAGAGCUGACAGCUUCGCUAAAGCUUUAUGAUAGCUGUCAGCUAUUUUUUAUGAGAGGGAUAUCGCAGUAUAUUACUUGGGGUCCCGUGUGGAUCUGGAGAAAUAGAGUGAUUUCAUAAAGAUCAUGUGGUUUCAUGUGUGGAGAUGGAGGCUGUGAGACCUAAAAAGGCAAAGUCCAAAUCCAGUGGGAAGCCACAGGUCAAAAAGGAGAGGCAGUCAGAGAGCGUCAGACAGCCCUCGGGAUCUUCUAAAGCAGUUAAUGAGCCUGAGUUCACUGAUGUGCCGCUCAGCCUCCCUCAUGUGCCUCCUGACCUCAACACAGCUGCCUCUCAGACUUCACUAGAUCAUCAUGACAAAGCUGAAAAUGAGCAACAGCAUGUUCUCUUAUGCGAGAAGCCUGAAGUAGUACAGAAAUCGACGUGUCAUGAAGACAAAGAGCAUGAAUUGCCAUCACAAGAUGCUGCACCUCGGCUGGACCAAACAUCAGUGCUUGCUCCGUCCAGCCAAAGUGAUCCCAAACCCCUCAGUGCUAAACUUGAGCCAUUUAGUGUCCCCUCUAUAUAUCCCUCUAUCCCAGCUUCCCUCUCCCAGCCUCAGCUUUCAGAGGACUCGUACUCUAUCUCCUACGAACUGUUAGAUGGCUCUUUAAUGCCAGCAGCGUCUGAGAGACUAGUAGCUCCGGCUGUUUUGACUCUGGCUAACCAGGAGUCCUCUCCGCCCAGCUUGGUUCCAGUGGAGGUUGUGGAUGUGGAAAGAUCUAGAGAGAGGCUUUACCCAGAGCUGCCUAAGACCUGCCAGUCUGUGAAGCCCUUCACUAGUGAGCAGCUGCGCAUGUGGGAGCCCGGUUCCUGGCUGGAAAACGUGGAGCUGCAUGAAGCCGAAUUCCAGAAUCUGGCUCAUCAAGAGGGACAUGAGCUGUACGAGCUGCUGCUGAGCUACUGGAGGUGCCGGAAGCAGCUGACGCAGGCCCAGACUGAACUGCAGGCUGCCAACUCGGACUGCAAAAAUGUGCAGAAUCGCCUGUGGAGCUUCAAGGAUGAAAGGCUUUCGUUACAGGGUAUAUGUGCAGACCAGAAUAAGGUGUAUGGCUACCACUGCUACCAGCAGGUGACACUGAACGAGGCUGCGUUAGCUGAGCUGAAGCACCUGUUUUCUGCUAAAGCGGAAAUCCUCCAUCAGACAGUGGCUCUGCACUCAUACACCUCCAUCCUGUCCCGUCUGCAAGUGGAGUCUUAUCUCUACCGCUUGCUCAGCAGUAACCCCACCACCAAGAGUGUGGCUGUGCAAGAUACAAGUGCAGUGAGUCCAAAGUCUCAGCCCUCGUCUUUGCAGCCGCUGAAGGAAAGCAUCAGUGUGCUGUUCAUCUUCACCCGACGGGUCCUAGAUGAUUCUCAGUUUCAGGCUGACAUCCAUCUUUGGCUUCAGAGGCUGGUGUCUGUGCUGCAUCAGGUCGGUUCUACAGGAGAUCAUCUAUUCAUCCUAAACCACCUGCUCUGCUGCCCGGCAGGUGUAGGGAAAUGGGCUGUGCCAUUCCUACAGAUCAAAGUAUUGGAUAACCCAUCUGGAGUAUAUCAUUUCAUGCAGGCCCUUGCUAUCCUUAUGUCUCCAGCAAGGCACCGUCCAGACUUCCUGGGACACAUGAAGCCCAGUGAUGCAAGGGGCAACAACAGCCUAACAGAACCUGCAUCUGGUAACUGGACUCUAGUGGAUGAAGGUGGAGAAGAGGACGAAGACCCAGAAACGAGCUGGAUGCUGCUGUCUGAGGAUGAUCUGGUUUCUCUGUUCUCUCAGUUUCCCUUUGAUGAGCUCUUCAAACAUUUACUGGGCAUCUGCUCUAAAGGGGACUAUCAGCCUCUAGCCACCACAAGUCAAAAGAUGAUGAAGAUAUUUGCGUUUGCCUCUUCACUGGUUGAGUUGCUAGCAGUCGGCUUGCAGACCUACAACAGAGCACGCUAUCGGCAGUUUGUGAAGAGGAUUGGUCACAUGAUUCGGAUGACGCUCUGCUAUGUGAGUGACCACUGGGCGCAGUACAUCAGUCUGACCGGUGUGAGCAGGACCACAGUGCAGGAGCAGUCAUUUUCAAUGGAGAAACUGCAGGUGGAGUUUGACCAUCUCUUCCUGAGGGCGGUGCUGCAUGUGCUUAAGGCCAAGAGACUGGGCAUAUGGCUGUUCAUGUCUGAGAUGCCGUAUGGGACAUUGUCCAGCUCCAUGCUGUGGAAGAUCUUCUACAUUAUGCAGUGUGCAGAGACAGAUGGUCUGGAGAAGCUCAGUUGUAGCUUGAGUGCUGAGGACUGUAUCCAGAGGCUCAGAGAAUCAAGCCAUCAGGAGAGGUUUCAGCUUUGGCUGUCUGAGAUAAACAGCUCAGAUGGGAUCUGCCUGUUGACAACGUUUGCGCACAUGGCCCAGCCGAGACGCACCGAUGUAGACCCUGAGUUUGUCAGGAACAUAGUGCUAGAGAUAUACGAGGUUUCCUAUGUAAGUGUCACCACCCGUGAGAUCUUCUCUAAAGUUGGACGGGAAUUGCUUGCAGCGAUAGCGGCUGCCCACCCUCACAUCAUCUCUGUGUUGCUGGAGAGACUGAGAGAGACCAUAGAGAGAGUGGGCAUGGUGUCGUUGUACCUGUUUAAAGAGUUGCCCUUGCACUUGUGGAUGCCAGCUCAGGAGGAGGUGGGGCUGAUCAGAGACUGGCUGAUGAACUUCAGUCUCACUGCUGUUGAGAACAGAUUAGCCUGCAUUAUACUAGAGGGCCUCAACUGGGGAUUUCAGCCAAAUGGUUGCCUUAUUUUACCUGCACCUCUGCACAGUGACGUUGCCUUGUUGGUGAUUGAGGCAUAUCAAAAAUAUCUUACAGAUAAACCAUAUGGUGGCAUCCUCUCAGAAGGCAUUAAACAGGUGUCUUACCUGGCUAACGUGGUGAGGCUCGGCCAGACUCCAGAAUCUUCCUUUAAUCAGUGGGCUUGGGAUAUAGUUCUGAGGCUAAAGCUCCACGCCAAUGAAAGAAGCCCACAGGAUGCAUGGUGCCCGCUUCCAUCCUCCAGUGCCCCCAGUGUGCCAGAGAUCACAGACUCUCCCAUUAUGCACCCAGUGUUCAAAGCGGUCAAAGCCGGCAUCCCCAUUGGCUGUUUUCUGGCUAUUGAGAUGACCACCAUCGGGCACAGUUUGGAGAAGUUUUGCAGUGAAGGAAUAUCUUUGCUGAAGACUCUGAUUCAGUCCCGUCAUCUGAGAGCUGCUGUGCACAUACUGGAGAACAUUCUUCCUCUGGUCUACAACUGCCAGUUCUACCUGCUUAAGAAUGAGCAGUUUCUGAGCUGUGUCCAGCUGUUUUUGCAGCUGGAUAGUGGCACUCAAGGCGUAACCCAGCAGGUCACACAGAAGGUGGCCCAGCAUCUGAUUGGCCCCGCUACAUGUGAGAAUAUCAAACUGCUGAACAGUGUGAUCCAGGCUCAUGUUCUGGAGAGCUCCAGGAAUGGACGUGUUGGUGCAGUCGCUGUUCUGGAGUUCUGGCUUCAGGUUUUGACUGAACAGAGCCUCUGGUAUCGAGACAGAGCUGUUCUCUUUCUUCUGGACCACAUGUGCCGUUCUGCAUUUCUUCACCAACAAGAGGAAUGUCUCCAGAAAAUACUCUACCAGCAGCACAAGAGCGCUUUAGGUUACCAUGGAGACAAAGGUUUGCUCUCGUCUAUUAUGGGCUGGAUAGUGGCAGGAAAUGUUACUCCGUCUUUUAUUGAGGGCAGUUCUCUCACAGGAGAGGUGUGGUUUGCUUGGAUGAUCCUAAACAUGGAGACAAUGUUCGAGGAAGAUUCCCAGCUGCGACGCUGUGUAGAGCAUGAGCUGCUCUCAAACCCUGCGUGUACACCAGAUCAGGCUUUGAAGAAAGCCCAGGUGCGUCUCAAGCUUCAGGUUGUCCCAUCACUGCAGAGGCUGAUGAUCUAUCGCUGGGCUCAACAAGCUUUAGCCACUCCUGCAGACCAUCCAAUCCUGCCUUUGGUGUGGCAGAAAUUCUUCCAGCUUUACCUCCGUCAACCUGGACCAGAGUUUGGGCUGGAGGUGAAAGGUUGCAUUGGCAGGCGUUAUUUCCAUAGUGCGGCCCAUCUGUCCUUGCUGAAGAGCCUCAGACAGCGGCUGGUGGAAGUGUCUGAUUUCCACCACGCCGCCAGCAAGGCUCUGAAAGUGCCCUGCGCUAGUGGAGAUUCCGGUGAUGGUCUGCUGACCCCCGGGACGCCCAUCACACAGUACAUGACCUCUCCUGACCUGCACACUGAGAUCGUGCGGCUCUUCACUGUGUUUGCCUUGUGGUUGGAUGAUGAAAACCUUCAGAAGCAGGAAAUUUACUUGCCCUCUUUGCCAAAGCAGUAUGACACCCAUCGCCUGGCCAAAAUUAUGCAGCGCCAGCAGUAUUUUGAGGUGUGGAUGGAGCAUGUGGAUAUCGAGCGAGUCCAGCACGAGCUGCAGGAAGUGCUCGAUCUGUGGUCAAAGGUCAAGAGUGAACCUGCAGUCUCACAGAACAGCAGCUCCUCCAUCUUUACCGACUUCAUCAACCCUCUGGCUGCAAGGGAGCGUAUUCUCACUCACCUGAGAAAGCAUGAUGCCCCUCAGGGGUCGCUGCUGCCAGUGCCCAUGAAAGCUCCAGUGCCUGAUAUUCCCACUGCGAGCCUAACUGAUGAGAAAAUCUCCACCACCUUAAUUCAAGAGGACCUCACUAAGCUCCAGCAUCAAGCCAAGUUGGCAACGGUUCGGGAAACCCAGCAGGUUGCUCUAGACAAUGAACUGUUGGAGGUGUUGCCACAGCUCUACAUAAACCGGGAAGACCAGCUGUCAAUGCAGUUGGAGUGCCGUGGAAAAAGUGGACAGCCCUGCCAAGGUCCUGCAAAUAUCACUGUUAAGUACUCAAGUAUGCACAAACUGGAGCCGGUGCAGAAUCAGAUCCAGUCUCUGAAGAGUGACAUUAAACAGCUGCAGGCCGAUGGAAUCAAAGCUCCUCCUCAGAGUCUGGCUGAGGCGGCCGUUCACACUGAGAACUUCAUCACGGCCUUGGUUAAUGUUUUCAAGCAAAAUCCAUCCCCUGGUGUACUGAAGGUGGGCAUCACGGCUUUCUAUCAGAUAGUGUCGUUUGUGUGUGAGGACACACAGAGACAUCCACCAACCCGCCAGUUCUUCACAUCCUGCAUUGAGAUCCUCGGCCAGGUCUUUAUUCGGGACGUCCAAUCAGAAUGUAAACACAUGCUAAAGACUAUCCUACUCAACAGACGUCUGUGUAACCUACUGUCACCAUACUUCACCCCGAACGCCUCUCCCUCAGAGCUGGUCUCUCUGUAUGAAGAGGUGGUCAACACCCUCCACAUCGACAGCGGUGAUGUCAUAUUCAUGCUCCUCACAAAGUUUGACUUGUUUCAGUGGUUGUCGACGACCCAGCCUCCGUUCUCUGAGCGUAGUCGUCUGAUGACCGUCAUCCAUCAGGCUCUCUGCACAUGUGGGCUGGAGCCUGAGCCCGAAGUCCUCAUGCCAUUCAACAUCUUCUGCAAGCACUGGACUGAACUGCUCCUCUACCAGUUUCCUGACCACUACAGCGACUUCCUCCGUCUCCUCAUGCAGAGCUCUUCCGAUCAGCUUCUUAGUCCUGACUGUUGGAGAACGUCACUGAAAGCUCUGGGCUGUUCUCCUCAAACUAAGAAUAAGACAAACAAAUCCCGCUCCAUGCUCCUCUCCCCUCAACAGGUGGAUGAAACAAUCGAGUGGCUCUCAAAGUACUUCCUAAAGCUCCGACUGUCUAACGGGGACUUCAGGAGCUUUGGUCUUCUUUCAAAAUGGGGGCCAUACAUUGAGGAAGUCAAGGUGUUUUGGGAAGAUCUGAUUACCUACGUCAUUGAUCUGGAACUAAACCAUUGCGGCAAAGAACCUGUAGGAAGUCCAAGACUGCUCAAAGCUCUGGAGAACCUGCAUAGAAAAAUGGCCAAACUCUUUGAGCCGUGGAUUUUGGUGCUUGACACUGACAACACUAGUCAUCCUCGCUGUUCUCCAUGGCUUGAAUCAGACGCCGCAGUUGCAGCGAGCUUAGUAGGCUUAUAUACACGCUUGACAGAGACUUUACAUGAGAAAUUCAAAGAUCGCUUGUUGCCAGGACAGAGAGGAGCUCUGUGGCUUCAUCUCAUGUUUUACUGUGAGACCUGCACUUCUCCUAAAAUGCCAGAGUAUCUGCUGUACACCUACCACACUGAGUACAGCCGUUUGCCCUGGAAGGACCUGCAUCCAGAUCAGACACUAAUGAACCAGUUUUUCAAUGUGGAGAGGGGAAGUCCAAAGAGUUGUUUUGUGUUCAUGGGAGAGUUGCUGUGUGAGGUGAACUGGGUUAGUGUAUUGAGUGACUCUCUCAGCCCCCAGCUGAACCCCUCAACCCACACAAUGGUGGUCUCCGUACUCCACCUCAUGGUGUUUCUGGCCAAAGAGGAUCUCAGUAAACCCGAGUCCUCUGUUCUCAGUCUGCUGGACCAGUCAGCUUCUCUGCCUUGGAAUCUGGUGGAUUUUUCUUCAUAUCAAAAUGUCACGCGCUAUGUCAGCACACAUUACCCAGCGUCCCUUGUUCUCAGUCACGACACUUCUUCACAGCAGGUCGUCAGAUUGCUCAGAAUGGCUGCUGGAUUUGAGCCGACCACACAAGUGUUGCAUCACAAGGACAUGACUCUAAAGUGUCAAGCCUUCCUUCACCUCAUGGUGCAGUUCCUGACCUCGCUGGAUCAAAAUGGGAACAUCAGUCUGGCAUCGCUAGAGACAGAAAUGGAGAAAUUACUGGAGAACAUAGUCAUUUUCAACCCACCUGAGACGGACCUCCAGCAGCGACACAUGGCCACCUGCAGUCUGUUUGCAGAGAUGCUGACUCUGCUGAAUGAGGCCGGUAUCUCGACAGCAGAGGGUCUGGGCACUAAACUGCACUGCUGGGUGGAGAAGCGGGCUCGAGGGCCUCUGCUUCUGCCUUUGCUAACGGCUGCGUGCAGAUGCCUGGCUUCAGUGCGUCACAUGACACGCACCACCGAGGCCUGUAUUCUCUCCUACUUCACCGAUGGAGGAUGUGUGGAUCAGUACUCUGGAUGGGGGCCCAUCCUGGUGUCUCUUCAGGUUCCUGAACUGACUGUUGAGGACUUCAUUCAGGAAAGCCUAAGUCUGGGCAGCUUCCUCACGCUGUACGUCUACAUCCUCCAGAGGCUAAACCUGGAGCAAACCCUCCUCAAUGAGAAGAAAACCUUAAUGCUGCUCAAUACGUGGAUCAGUCAGGUGUUUCCCAGUGGUCCAGCUGAUGAGGCCAAGCUGUUUUUAUGGUGGCAUAAAUUCUUGGAGCUUCUGCAAAUCCAAGUGGACCAAGAGGAUGCCUGCUCACUGGACACUCUCAUUCUCACCUUAAUGGCGUUUCAGAAUCGUCUCGUUCAACUCGGAGAGGAAAGACUAAAUUCCGGCAUCCUGGGAGCCAUUGGCCUUGGGAGGAAAUCACCACUUUCUAACAGGUUUCGGGUUGUGGCGCGCAGCAUGUCAGCCUUUCUGCUGGUUCAGGUGCCCUCAGAGAAUCAGCUGCGUCUUCAUCCCGGGACAGAGCUGCAGCUGUCAGCUAAAGCCCAGCAGGCCUUGUCUGCACUGGAGGCGAUGGCCAGUAAUAAGCAGUAUUCAGAGCUGCAUGUGUCUGUGAACCAGGCCUGUCAGUUCAUCAAGUACCCGAAUCACUGUCUGCGAGACGCCAACACUCUUCUCACUCUGCUGGUCAAUGCACUCUACACUGACCUUCAUUACCUGGACAUCAUCCGUUAGCCAGAAGCUCACUUAUAAAAGUCCAGUCAGUUAUCCUGCUGCUGUAAAGACCUGGGAGACUCCUGAAGAACAGCUCUGACUGCAGAUAACAUGAGGAUGGAGACCUCUUGAGGAGCAACGCAGUCAGAUUUAAGCUUUCGUUUUCUGGAAAAAGACAGAUUAGGGAGGUACGUGUUCAAAUCAUGGUUUUAGAGACUGGGGCAGUGAUCUUUUGUUAUAUAUAUAUAUAUUUAAAAUCAGUCCAGUUUUCUCUGAUGAAGAAUUAAUGUCUUCUUUGAUAUUUCUUCCAACAAAAAUGAGAAGGUCUUCAGUCUUUCAGAGUAGAAUUUACACAGUUGAUGGUCUCAGAAUAAUAUUGUAGUAAUUUACAUCAUUUAUUUUAGAGUGGUGAGCAUUUUAUGACGCUCAUAUGAGGACGUUUUAGAGCUUGGAUGUAAUGCCUGAUGAUGAUAAUCCACUGAAUCACAAUCACCUUGAUUUGUGUUCACACCUAAAAGAGAUUCUGCUCAACUUAUACUACACUACAAAAAGGCUUAACCUUACUUUGUGUUUUCUUUUGCUUCUAGACCAAAUAUCUAAAGAUUCUUAUUAACACUUUAUAACAACUACACACUAUAAAUAAUUUAUUAAGCAUCAGCUAAUAGUGAAUUUAUUAUCUGUUAA